UCGGCAGCUCGGCAAAGCAUCGGCAGUCCAGCCACUCUGUUCAGUUGGCUGAAGUCAUGGCGUCCGCCAGUACGGGGAGCAAGGUGUCCUGCGGGAGAGAUUUGAAUUGUGUACCGGAGAUAACUGACACGUUAGCUGCGGUCGCCAAACUUGGGUUUGACUUCCUGUGCAUGCCCUUGUUCCACCCGAGAUUCAGGAGAGAAUUUGAGUUGGAGCCCGCUAAAUCUCGGCCAGGUGCCCAUACCCGGUCAGACCUGUUGCUAUGUGGGAGAGAUUGGAAUACUCUAAUCGUUGGGAAGCUCUCUCCAUGGAUUGAUGCAGAUUCUGAAAUCGAGACAGAACGCAGAAACUCAGAGGCUGCUCUAGCACAGGAGUUAGACUUUUCGGCCUACCUGGGUCUGCCUGUCUUCAUGGUCCCUCUGAAGGGCCCCCAUAAUGCUAAUCUAGCCCGACUGUUGCUGAACCACAUCCACACUGGGCAUCACACCUCAAAUUUCUGGGUACGCGUCCCGCUGAUGGCGUCAGACGACAUGCGGGAAGAUCUGAUUGAGAACGAACCAACCAUCUGCAUUGAUGAAACGAGCCUAGACGAGAAGACCUGGAAUUGGUGGCACUCAUUUCGAACCCUUUGUGACUACAACAAGAGGAUCUGUCUUGCUAUUGAGGUUGGGGCAGACAUGCCAUCAGAUGCUGUGAUUGAUAAAUGGCUCGGGGAACCAAUUAAAGCAGCAAUUCUUCCCACAAACAUCUUCCUAACUAAUAAGAAGGGCUUCCCUGUUUUGUCAAAAGCCCAUCAGAGACUAAUCCUGCGUCUCUUUAAGUUGGAGGCCCAGUUCAUCUUCACAGGCACCAGCCGGCACACUGAGAAGGACUUUAGGUCCUACCUGCAGUACCUGGAAUACCUCAACCAGAGCAGGUCUGCACCCAAUUCCUACGAGCUCUUUGCCAAAGGUUAUGAAGACUACCUACAGUCACCGCUACAGCCCCUCAUGGAUAAUUUGGAGUCUCAGACAUAUGAAGUAUUUGAGAAGGAUCCUAUUAAAUAUUCUCAGUACCAACAGGCUGUAUAUAAAUGUCUACUAGACAGAGUACCAGAGGAGCAGAAAGACACAAAUGUUCAGGUGUUGAUGGUUUUAGGAGCAGGUAGGGGUCCUCUGGUCAAUGCAUCCCUGAAUGCUGCCAGGAAGGCAGACCGGAAGCUGAAGGUGUACGCUGUCGAAAAAAAUCCCAAUGCUGUAGUAACACUAGAAAACUGGCGCUUUGAGGAGUGGGGUGACCAGGUGACGGUGGUGUCAUGUGACAUGCGCGACUGGGCAGCACCAGAGAAAGCUGAUAUCAUCGUUAGCGAGCUGCUCGGAUCAUUCGGUGACAAUGAGCUCUCACCAGAGUGCUUAGACGGAGCGCAGCACUUGCUCAAAGAGGAUGGAGUCAGCAUCCCAUGUUCAUACACAUCUUUCCUGGCUCCUCUGUCCUCCUCCAAGCUGUACAACGAAGUACGAGGGUGCCGGGAACGUGACAAGGACCCCGAGUGCCAUUUUGAGACCCCAUACGUUGUGCGACUCCAUAACUUCCACCAGCUGGCUGAACCCAAACCAUGCUUCACCUUCACACACCCCACAACUGACAUGAAUAAUAACCGGUAUCAGUGUCUCAGGUUCUCCGUGGGCUGUAACUCUGUUCUUCAUGGCUUUGCUGGCUACUUUGAGACAACGUUGUACAAAGAUGUGACGCUCAGUAUAAAACCAGAUACACACUCCCCUGGAAUGUUCUCCUGGUUUCCCAUUCUCUUCCCGCUUAAACAACCCAUCUCCAUAUCACGGGACGAUGACAUUGCAGUGCGAUUCUGGCGCUGCAACAAUGGGAAGAAGGUUUGGUAUGAAUGGGCUGUGACCGAACCGGCCUGCUCUGCCAUCCACAACCCCGCAGGCCGCUCCUACACCAUCGGCCUGUAAAGCUCAGGCAUCUGCGCACACGUCAACAUAGUUUCCCUCACAUCUUUCUGUAAGACUCCGUGUUGGUUGGAAUGAAGCUGAUCGAGUUUUCUAUAUGCGGUUACAACUUGAUGUGGGCCUUUUCAGUCUGCAGUAAAAGAAUCUAUUAAAAAAACAAAUGAUCUCAUGUUUUUUCUAAGUCAGCUGGAGCAGACGUAGACUCCAGUACUCACAGUGAGAUUGGCUCAUUCUGACCACAUCCAAGACCUAACCCACUGGUUCCUUGUCUUGGACUUUAUCAAAUGCACAUUCCACAUGAUAAAUACUUAAAUGAUAUCAAUACACUCAACACAAAAGGGUCAGAUGACCAUCGCCCUUUUAAGGUCACAUGUUUGAUUACUGUAUUUUUACCAUGUUUUCUGUAUGUUUGAACCAUUUCAAUAAAACACUGUCAUGCUGAACUAUUA